GCCGCCCUCGACCUCGCCCACGGCUUCAAGUGCCCGGCCCCCAUGUCCUACAGCCCCUGGACCAAGGCCUGCGCCUGCCCGCCCGGCCAGAGCUUCGACACCACCAAGAAGACGUGCGCCGGCGACGCCCUCUCCGGCGCCUGGCCCCUGCCCAAGUGCGACGCCUCGGGCGCAAAGGUCGAGCUCGCCGCCUUCUGCGCCGUCUCCCCGACCAAGUUCACAAAGUACGACGCCACCCACGCCUGGUGCCAGGUCUCCCUCGAGACCUUCACCUUCUGCGCCGAGGUCGAGAUCGAGGCUGAGAUUUCCGCCCUGGGCCUUGGCAUCGACCUCGACGUCGAGCUCGACCUCGCCCUCACCUCCUCCAUCAGCACCGACCUCCGCAGCACCUCCGCCGGCCUCGCCUCCCUCUUCGUUGGAACCCUCGCCGAGGCCUUUGUCAUCUUCAACACCAAGGUCUUUGGUUUCGAUGUCCUCGCCGUCGACGUCGAGGCUUCUCUGGCCGCUGGCGUCUUCUCUCACAUCCAGGCUGCCGCCUGCCUGCUCGGCCUCGGCAAGUGCCAGUUCGACUGCGUCUCCUUCAGCACCAAGGGCUGCCACAACUUCAUCGACGUCGGCCUCGAUGUCGACGUCGAUGUCGCUGGUGUUAUUGGUGCCCACCUUGCUGCCUUUGUCGGCGUCACCAUCCUGCCUGAUGUCAUCCUCAGCGUCACCGCUGCCAACGUUGUCACCCACCUUGUUGUCAAGGACCUGCUGUGCGCCAGCCUUAGCCUCAACAAGCCUCUCCUUUCUCAGUACAAGUACACUUGCUAA